AUGGGGGAUCGUAUGGACGUGUUGGAAACACAGAGGGGUGACGUCGAAACACAGAUGAUGGACAUCAAAGCAACACUACAGGCGUUAGCUCAACAGAUGCAACAACAAAGCGCUGUUCUCUCUGAUUUAUGCAAACAGAUCGGUCAGAAGAAUACGAAUCAGGAGAGUGGGGGUCCCAUGGGUGAGUCUUCGCAUGAGGAAUCACGUUUGUCAAGGAAGAAGGUGAAAUUGCCAUUAUUCGAAGGAGUCGAUCCUGUUGCAUGGAUCACACGAGCUGAGAUCUAUUUUGAUGUGCAGAAUACGACUGAUGAAAUGCGAGUGAAGUUGGCACGUCUGAGUAUGGAAGGUUCUACAAUACACUGGUUUAACCUUUUGAUGGAAACAGAGGACAAUCUGUCCUGGGAAAAGUUGAAAAAGGGUCUGAUUACGCGCUAUGGAGGAAGACGUCUGGAAAAUCCUUUUGAGGAAUUAUCCACGUUGAAACAGAGGGGUAGUGUAGAAGAAUUUGUGGAAGCUUUUGAGCUUUUGUCGUCACAAGUGGGAAGACUUCCAGAGGAACAAUAUCUGGGUUAUUUUAUGAGUGGUUUGAAGCCACAAAUUCGUCGUAGGGUUCGGACUUUCAAUCCUCUGAAUCGGAUGCAGAUGAUGCGUAUUGCAAAAGACGUAGAGGAAGAGUUGAGAGAAAAUGAUGAUGACGCGGACAGAUACGGUAGCAAAAAAGGAGGGCAGGAUCGAUGGGGCCGUAGUGAUUGGGCCGAGCCAACUUUUCGGAACAGGAACGGGUCAAAUCUGAAAGAGACAAGUCGUUCCAGUUGGGCCAAUCCGACUCAGAAAACAGGAUCAAGUGGAUCUAACACGCUGUCUACGAUGUCGUUAGCUUCAACUGGGAAAAAGGGUGAGAAUGAUUCGCGACCUGAAAAAGGGAAAGGGAUUCGCAGCAUUCGCAACGACGAGAUGGAUGAGAGAAGGGCGAAGGGGUUGUGUUUCAAGUGCGGUGGAAAGUAUCACCCUACUCUCCAUAAGUGUCCUGAGAGAUCCUUACGAGUAUUGAUUUUGGGUGAAGGAGAAACUCUUAACGAUGAAGGUGAAAUCGUAUCUAUGGAAGAAGUGCAAACUGAUGAGGAAGAGGGGGAGGAGGUAGAAUGUCAAUCCAUGGGUGUGUUGGGAAGUAUGAGUGGAAAUCGUACCAUGAAAAUUGAGGGAAAAAUUGAAAAUGUGGAUGUGUUCGUGUUGAUCGAUAGUGGUGCGAGCCACAAUUUCAUCUCCCCUCAAGUAACAAAUGCGUUGGGGUUAGAAAUCACUCCUGACCCUGCCAGGAGCAUCAAACUUGGAGAUGGACAUAGGGUGAAUUCUCAAGGGGUGUGCAAAGGAAUUGUAAUAAAGAUGGGUUCUGUGAAAGUAGUCAUUGAUGCGUUGGUACUGGAUCUGGGAGGUUUGGAUAUAGUAUUGGGAGUCUUAUGGCUGAGCACACUAGGAAAGGUAAUAAUGGAUUGGAAGGUGUUGUCUAUGCAGUUCAUGUAUGAGGGGCAGAUGGUUAAGGUGUUGGGUCAAGGUAGCAGGCAAGAGGAGCAUAGUUAUCUGAACUCCUUUUUGGAUGACAACCAGAAUAGGAUGGGAACUGAAUGGUGGGGAUCUCAGCAUCACCAAUUGGAAGCUGGCGAGAUCUCUGUGCCAACAGAAGUAAUUGCGAUUCUGGAACAAUUUCCAGCAGUUUUUAAAGAUCAAAUUCAGCUGCCUCCGGAGAGAUCUCAAGUGCACCAUAUCAAAUUAUUUCCAAAUCAUGGAACAAUCAAUGUUAGGCCCUACCAGUAUCCUCACCAUCAGAAGGAGGAGAUUGAGAAACAAGUGACUGAACUGUUGCAGGAAGGAGUGAUCAAACCCAGUAUGAGUGCUUUCUCUAGUCCGGUGAUUUUGGUAAAAAAGAAAGAUAAAAGUUGGAGAAUGUGUGUGGAUUACAGAGCGCUUAACAAAGCUACAGUUCCGGAUAAGUACCCUAUUCCCAUCGUAGACGAAUUAUUGGAUGAAUUAUACGACUCGACUAUUUUUUCGAAGAUUGACCUUAGGUCCGGUUAUCAUCAAAUCAGGGUGCAUGAAGAUGAUAUUCCCAAAACAGCUUUUAGAACUCACAAUGGCCACUAUGAGUAUCUCGUGAUGCCAUUUGGGUUAAUGAAUGCUCCAGCCACGUUCCAAGCAACCAUGAAUGAUAUUUUUAGGCCCUUUUUGAGGAAAUUUGUCUUAGUUUUUUUUGACGAUAUUCUCAUAUACAAUAAGAACAUUCAAGAGCAUCAAAAGCACUUAUGUCAGGUUCUUUCUGUUUUACUUGAGAACUGUUUUAUUGCAAAUCAAGCUAAGUGUAAGUUUGGGUGUAAGCAGAUUGACUACUUGGGGCACAUUAUCUCAGGUAAAGGGGUAGCAGUAGAUCCUGCGAAAGUAAGGUGCAUUUUGGAUUGGCCAGAACCAAAGAAUGUAAAAGGAGUUCGUGGAUUUUUGGGACUUACUGGGUACUAUAGAAAAUUUAUUAAGGAUUAUGGCAAAGUGGCCAAGCCUUUGACUGAGCUGACCAAGAAGGAUAACUUUGCGUGGGGAACAGAGACAAAUGCAGCUUUUCAAUUGAUGGAGAUUAUCAUGACUUCACCCCCUGUUUUGGUACUACCUAAUUUUUCUCUACCCUUUGAAGUGGAAUGUGACGCAGCUGGUAGAGGUAUCGGAGCAGUGUUAAUGCAGCAAAGGAAACCUGUAGCAUUUUUCAGCAAAGCAUUAUCUCAAGGCAAUUUAGCAAAGUCGGUGUAUGAAAAAGAGCUUAUGGCCUUGGUAUUGUGCAUCCAGCAUUGGCGAAACUACUUGUUGGGAAAGCAAUUCACAGUAUACACGGAUCACAAGAGUCUAAAACACUUCCUGCAGCAGAGAAUAACUUCCCCAGACCAGCAGUGUUGGUUGGCUAAGUUGCUUGGCUAUCAGUUUGAGGUGAAGUACAAACCAGGGAGGGAUAACAAAGCUGCUGAUGCUCUAUCCAGACGUGAUGACGAUGCUGAUUUGGAUGAGGUGAAAGAUGAUCCAGAAAUUCAGGACAUGAUACAAACCGUGUUGUCUGCUCCUGAUUCUAAGCCAGGCUAUUCUGUUAAGCAAGGUGUGUUGUUUUAUCAUGGCAGGCUGGUUCUUUCUCCUAAGUCCCCAUCUAUCCCUCUACUGUUGGAGGAAUUUCAUUGCACUCCUACUGGUGGACAUUCAGGUUUCUUGAGAACUUAUCGGAAGCUGGCGGAUAAUUUAUAUUGGCUGGGAAUGCAGAAGUCGGUGAGAGAAUUUGUGCGUGCUUGUGAUAUCUGUCAAAGACAAAAGUAUGCGGCCACUACUCCCGGAGGUUUGUUGCAACCUCUCCCCAUUCCUAAUGGUAUUUGGGAGGAUCUUUCGCUAGAUUUCAUUACGGGUUUGCCUAAGUCUAAGGGUUAUGAGGCUGUACUGGUGGUUGUGGAUAGGUUGUCUAAGUACAGUCACUUCAUACUGCUCAAGCAUCCUUACACAGCUAAGUCCAUUGCUGAAUUGUUUGGCACUAAAUUGCAGAUGAGUUCUGCCUAUCAUCCAGAAACGGAUGGGCAAACGGAGGUGGCUGCGGUGGCAUUAGAGCUAAGUGAGAGAUAUGAGGCUCUAACACAACUUAAAUCACAUCUACAAAGAGCGCAAGAACAGAUGGCGAGCUAUGCUAACAAGAAGAGAAGAGAUGUGCGUUUUCAGGUGGGUGAAUGGGUUUUUUUGAAAUUAAGACCUCACAGACAGCAGUCAGUGGUUAAACGGAUCAAUAAAAAAUUAGCGGCACGUUUUUAUGGGCCUUUCAAAGUUAUAGCUAAGGUUGGAGAAGUGGCAUAUAGGCUACAACUGCCUGAUCAGUCCAGGAUCCAUCCAGUUUUUCAUGUAUCACUAUUGAAGAAAGCAGUGGGAGACUAUCAGGUUCUAGGCGAACUUCCCAAAGAUUUGGAACUCACAGAUGACAGUGAUGUGUACCCAGAGAAGGUCAUGGGCUCUAGGGUGACUAUGAAGGGAGGAGUGACUGUGCAACAAAGUCUCAUUAAAUGGAGGCACAAGACAUGGGAGGAUAAUGCAGUGUUGCAGGGUCAAUUUCCAGAUUUUUGCCUUGAGGACAAGGCCGUUUCUAUGGAGACGGGAAUUGAUAGAAAGAUGGAUCAAGUGGUGGGCCUUGACAGUGGGCCCAAACCAAAGGUUUGGAGGGUUUACAAGAGAAGUAAAAGAAUAAAAGAAUAA